CAGACCGACAUCAACGGAAAUGGUCACGCAAUUGGUGCAGUCGCUGUUCGUGCAGGCAGCGGAAACCGAGCUCGUCGGCUUGGGCGUGACGCUCGUCGCAGCCGCCGCGCUGUACUUGUGGAAGGAGAGCUUUUUGCCAACGCGCGGAUGGAUCCAGGACAUGUUUGGCCAAAUGUUCUCAAUGAUGUUCUUGGGCUACCUGCUGCUGUGCGCGUACUGCGCAGAGUACGCAAAGUCGGUGAAUGGUGCGUGGUACCGCCCAGAUUACUUUGUCAAGGCCGUGUACCAGGCGUUCAUUUCUCGCCCACACGUCUCGACGACCAACGAGACGCCCUGCAUGUCUGUGCGCUACUUUGCCGAGUUCCACGGCUUUGUUUGCGAGGAGCACGACAUUUCCACCGAUGACGGCUUUAUUCUGCCCAUGCAGCGCAUUUAUCGCCAGGCCGCCAAGGACGCCGCGGCUCGUGCCAGCCCUGCUGAUGCGUCUUUUUCUUCUUCUUCCUCUUCUUCUGCCACCGCCAACAGCAGCAGCAGCAGCAGCAGCAGCAGCAGCAGCAGUGUUGGAGGAUUCCGCCCCGUGCUCGUGCAGCAUGGCCUGAUGCAGUCGUCGGGAAUUUUCGUCACGAGCGAACGCGCCGACUCGCUUGCCUUUUACCUGGCCGAUCUGGGCUAUGAUGUCUGGCUGGGCAACAACCGCACCGUCCUCGAAAAGCAUGCCAAGUGGUCGACUUCCGACGAACGCUUCUGGGACUGGUCUCUCGACGAAAUGGGCAAGAUUGACUUUCCAAACCAGAUUGACCAUGUUUUGCGCACAACCAACCACGCCAAGCUCUGCUACAUUGGCCACUCGCAGGGCACUGCUCAGGCCUUCAUUGGUCUCUCCGAGGACCCCGAGCUCAGCCAGAAGAUUUCCCUGUUUGUCGCUUUGGCCCCGGCCUUCUACAUUGGCCCGCUCGGCCACUGGGCGCUGGACUAUCUGAGCAACGCACCCCGUGCCGAGUUCCGCACCUACUUUGGCGACAAGGCGUUCAUUCCCAUCAUGUGCGUCGUUCAACGAAACCUCAACGUGACCGCUUUUGCGUCCGUGGCCUAUCACAUGUUUGCCUACCUGUUCAACUGGGGCGAUGCACUCUGGGACAAGACGCGCAAGAACAAGUACUUUAUGUUUACUCCUCGACCGGCAAGCUGCAAGCUCAUCCAGCACUGGUGCGACGCGAGCCGUGCGGGCCAGCUCGUUCCCUGGAGCGCAAAUUGCAUGGUCACGGCUGCCCGAUCUUCUGCCACCCCACCUUCGACGCCUGUCCUGGCCGAAGACGAUCCUCUGGAAACCUUCCCCUCAACUGCCCAGCGCCAGUACGAUCUUCGCAACCUCACGUGCCCGAUCGCUCUGAUGUGGGGCAGCAAGGACAAGCUUGUGCUUGGACAGAAGCUGACAGACCAGUUGCAAUCCUUGGGCGCUACCCGUAUUGUCCACGCGGAAAGCAUUCAAGACUACGAGCACAUGGAUUUGAUCUGGGGCAUGGACUGCCGCACUCGCGUUUUCGACAAGAUUUCGCACCUGAUGCAGGAUCAUCACCAAGCCUGA